UCCGCUUCCGGUGGCCGUUCCCUGAGGGGGGCUGAACCGCCAUGAUGAUCGGUGACAUCUUGCUCUUCGGGACGUUGCUGAUGAACGCCGGAGCCGUGCUCAACUUCAAACUGAAAAGAAAGGACACCCAAGGGUUUGGGGAAGAGUCAAGGGAGCCAACCACAGGUGACAACAUCAGGGAGUUUUUGUUAAGUCUCAGAUACUUUCGAAUCUUCAUUGCCUUAUGGAAUGUUUUCAUGAUGUUUUGUAUGAUUGUGUUGUUUGGUUCUUGAAAGCUGCAGACCAAGAAAAGGAACGUAUCUUACAGGAAACUGAUUCUCUGUUCUUGACAACUUGGAAAUGUGUGCUGUUCCCUUAAUGCAAAAGAUGGGGGUCUUUUUUUAAUGGAUGUUUCUGAAGCCACAGAUAGUUCUUUAAACAGAUUUGUAAAUCGAAAGGGAUCCUCACUUCAUCUAACAUCUAAAUUUAACUGGCAUUGCCUCACACUCAAUAAAUAGCGUUACGAAUAUUUUUAGAGGGGUUAAGGCUGUUCUGAUAACUUAUCUAGAGAAAACUUUGCCGUCUGUCCACCGCCCAUCCCAGAAGUCUUUAUGGGAUAGUUUGUGCACCUUUCAGGAUUUGAAUUGUAUGUUAAUAUGACCUUAUUUUUCUGGGGGAGAACAUUGAUGUACAGAGGCUAUACUAUAGUAAUUAAGUACACCCAAUUCUAUAACAUGAGCGUUGUGUUCUUGCGAAACCCGACGCUGAGGAAAAGUCACUGCAGUGCUCACUGAUGCUGGGGCCGGGCACAAGCCGCGUCUUCUGGCACCACAGCCCACAGAAUCCAAAGAGGCUCACAUUGUUGGGCAAACAUUCCCUAACAAUGUCCUAGCCAAAAUGCAGACUGAAAACAUGCAUUAUGGCAGAACUGAGUGUACUGCCUACUUGGUUUAACAUAGCACUUGUUUAUAUAGCAUGCAUAAAUGAUGACUCAAAACGUAACAUUUCUGGAUCAGCAAGUGACACUUACAGACUAUUGCCGUUUCUGAAAGACAUUGUAAUCCUUCAGUUUCUAUCACUGAUUGGAAACAGACCCUCCUAUAAUUCUUUGCUAGUUGCUAAUGUAUAAAUUGCUAUAGGGAACAGGGAAUCUAUUAUUUCAGGCUAAGUUUGCUUUGAGAAGGUGAAUGGUCAAAGAAUGAUACCAUAGUAUUAGUCCAAUGUUACAAGAAAACACUCAGAUAUUAAAGGGAGCAGUUUUAGUGGCAAGUGCAGGGAAGGCAUAGGUGGGGAAUGGCAAAAUUGGUUGUACCUUUUGAGUUCUGAUAUUUGGCAUCUUAGAUAUGCAACCAGAAUAUAGUCAUCUUUAAUGUGUUUUUGAUAAUUUUGGGUUUUUCAAAUAAACACUCAAAAUGUAUGCAUUUCUGGGGCUGCCUUUUAAAUAAGAAACUUAUAAGGUGAGUAUACACAAAAUGUCACCAAUCUGGGGGUAUAAAAUAUGUAGUAAAGAAUUUAUUGAAUGCCCACUGAGUGCAAUGCACCUGUACUGAAUGUUUGGUGAGUACAAACCAGAUAAGUUCCUUACUCACAUGGAACUUACACUGUAAUGGCCAAAAGCAUUGGUUUCCUGCAGAAAAAUGCAAAAUUUGAUGACAAUAUGUUGUUCAAACCUGGUAUUUUUUUUUUUUUCCUAAGUCAUGAAAUGUAAACAUUCCCGGGGAAGAGGAAGACUUUGAAGAAAAAAAAAAAAGACAAAGACAAUGGUGGGGAACCAUUUGAAAAGAAUACCACCUAAGGCACUGAAAGCCCCCAGAUAGGUUUUUGAUUCCAUAUUUCUUAAAAUGGCAUUUGGGAAAAUUUCAAUUCAGUAUUAACAUAAUUGCAUUCCUUAAAGUUUUAUAUGGUAGCGUCAAAGCUUCCUUAGGAAGAAGAUGCAUAUUCAUUUUUCAGGCUGUUAAAAUUUUACAUUUUAGACUUUUCCCUUUGUUUUUCUAGAUAGCUAAUAUAUCACUCUGUAAAUCAGGUUGAACUAAAGGCUAUCUUCAAGUGAUCGGUCAGCACUAAAGUCACCUACAUUCCCCAGCCUUUUUUUUUUUUAUAACCCUUUUCUGUUAAAAAUUGAAUUUCAUUUGCACGUUUAUAUCUUCUAUCUUGUCAAAUCAGGAACCGUGCCUGGGAGUACAAUCGCGUACUUCUGUGAGUUAACAGACUUUGAUGAGGUACUAGUCUCAUUCACAUUUGAUAUAUUCUUGUAUAAUCAUAUAGACCUGUAAUAUCUGUCUCCUGCUUACCAUCUGGGGAGUUUAAUAAAGCAUUGUAUUUAUCUGA